UUACAAACGCCAGUUUCAAAACAGCACGCGAGCCAAGAGGCGGUACAUAGCGGGCUUUCUGAUUUAACAUAUUUAAAUUAUUAAAACGACUCGUGUCAUCCUAAAAUGGCGGGAACUUUCAAAACAGAAAAGAUUGGGAUCGUUGGAAGUGGUCUCAUCGGAAGAUCAUGGGCGAUGCUAUUCGCAUCUGUGGGGUACCAAGUCACCGUGUUUGACAUCAUCCCCAAGCAAGUGACGGAUGCGCUGGCUGACAUCAAGGUGCAGCUGAAGACGUUGGAGAAAGACGGCCUACUGCGCGGAAAACUUAAUGCAGAUCAACAGUUCCAGUGCAUAAAAGGUUCUUCAGACCUAGCGACGGCUGUGAAAAACGCAGUUCUGGUACAAGAAUGCGUGCCAGAAGAUUUAGAUCUUAAGAAAAAAGUUUAUCAGGAUCUGGAUAAAGUAGUUGAUGAUAACACCAUACUAUCAAGCUCAACUAGUUGUAUUCUGCCAUCAAAGUUCUCGGAAGGAUUGAAGCACAAGGCUCAGGUGAUUGUAUCUCAUCCCGUGAACCCCCCGUACUACGUACCGUUGGUUGAAAUCGUCCCGGCACCAUGGACUAAGCCGGAACUAGCAAAGAAAACCAAAGAAAUCAUGUUGGAAAUUGGACAAGAACCAGUAUUGCUGUCUAGAGAAAUUGAUGGAUUUGUCCUAAAUCGAAUUCAGUACGCUAUUCUCAAUGAGGUAUGGCGUCUAGUAUCUGAUGGAGUAGUAAACGUGGAAGAUAUCGACAAAGUGAUAUCGGAAGGUCUUGGCAUGCGCUACGCAUUCCUCGGCUCGCUGGAAACUGCACAUUUAAAUGCUGAAGGAAUGAAGAACUACAUUGAAAGAUACGGAGAGACGAUAUACAAUGUGAGUAAUACAUUCGGCGAAAAUCCACGAAUGACACAAAGCGAGAGCGCUGCAAGCAUCUGUCAACAGCUGAACAAAAUGGUGCCCAUUGACAGACUUCAGGAGAGGAGAGCAUGGCGUGAUGCUUGUCUGACACGCCUCUCAAUAUUGAAGAAAACCAUGAAAGAGACUUACAAGAAGUAAACUCUGAUAAUAAAAAUGAUUCGGUAGAAUUAAAGAUAUAAGAUAAAUUGAAAUAUGUAAAAAGGCACGAAAUUUUAAUAUAUGUUUAUUUUUUUAUUCAAA